AUACUUUGUUUUUCUUGUUGUACAGACCUCCCACGAUGACAAGUAACAGAUUGCCGAAUUAUCACAGUCACCUGAUAAUGUGUGUAAUGAAUGAAAUUCCGGAACAAUUAUACCAAAUGCUCAGUAAAGCAAAAUGGCAGAGUGGAGUAAAAACGAUGUUGAAAAACUAAUAAAAUUAUUUCAUUGCGAGCCCGAUUUGUGGGAUGAACGAAUCCCAACUUACUCCAAAAGGUUUUAUAGACUGAGAAGUCUGGAGAUUUUAAAGGAGGGAUUAGGAAAUAAAUACACAGCGGACGAAAUCAAUACCAAAAUUAAGCACCUACGCUCCUACUAUGCAAAAGAACUGGCUAAAGUCCGAAAGUCAACAAAAAGUGGGACAGGGACUGGUGGGGUUUACAGAAGCAAGUGGGCACACUUUAACAGUCUUGAUGUAUUCCUGCGCUGCCAGAUAAAACCACGUCCAGAUAGAAACAAGAAGGUUUCAGAACGUAAAGCACUAGAAGAUCAGACUGAUGACAGGGAGUCUUUGGAAAAGGAAGACAAUCGGAGUUCUGGCAAUUUCAAAGUAAAACAGGAGAAUAUUUGCCCAUCAGCUGAAAUGACAGAGGAAGUUUCUGCAUUAGGCCAGCUUAAAGAUAAAAUGGACCAAGGAACACCGAGAACUGAUAUAACAAGUGACGAAGAUGAAGAUACAGUUUUUUGGAUAUAUUUAGUAAAUGAAUUCAGGAAAAUUAAAAGUCCUUCAGUUAAAAAUAAUGUACGGCUGAAACUUCAAACAGUAAUUUUUGAUGCCCAGGCAGAACAAACCAUCUCACCUGUUUCUGAUUCUUCAAUUAUCAAUUCAACUUGGCAGAUGUAGAGACAAGAGCACAGAGACAUGUUCACGUCUGUCAGGGCUACAUAGAAGUUAAAAUAUCCCUUCGUGCAAUGACAGUGGUUCAAAUGACGUUUAACACAGUCACUUACUUUCAAACGCCCAACAUUUGAUCUUACUACCGUUACUGGGACAAUUUACUGCUUUUAGGUAUAAG